AUGGGUGGUGCUCCUGCUGGACCGGCCGGUACCGGAAAAACUGAGACGACCAAAGAUUUGGGGAAAGCUAUUGGAAUGAUGGUCUACGUUUUCAAUUGUUCUGAACAAAUGGAUUUUAGGGUGAUUAUAACUAAGAAACUUUUAAUGUGAUAUGCAUUUUUAUCAAAUCUAAAAUUAUAAUUUUUGGAAUAUUAGAUCUGAAAUCCAUAUUUUUUAAUAAUCUCACUAGUAUAUAUGUAUAUAUAUAUAUAUAUACCUAAAAAAUUGUUGUAUUAUCCAUAGUAAUAUGUUAUCCUUGUUAAAUUACUGUAUUAAACAGCCACCAGAUGUAAACUUUAUUAAAUAAAUAAAUGGUUAAAUAUUGUAAUCAAUAACAUGUUAUUAUAAAAAUAAAAUAAAUAUCUGGUUUCCAGUCAUGCGGUAACAUAUACAAAGGCCUCGCCCAAACCGGUGCGUGGGGAUGUUUUGACGAAUUCAAUAGGAUAACUGUUGAAGUAUUGUCCGUAGUAGCAACCCAAGUAAAAAGCGUAUUAGAUUCCAUAAAAGCAAAGAAAAAAACGUGUGUGCUACUUGGGGACGAAGUAAAUCUUAUUUCUACAGUGGGAAUGUUCAUUACAAUGAACCCGGGGUACGCGGGACGAGCAGAACUUCCUGAAAAUCUUAAGGCAUUGUUCAGGUAUGUUGCAUGUUUACUCGUAUUAUGUAUUUAAUGAUUUUCUAAAACAAAGAAAGAUUUUAAAAUUUGAAUUCCCUCCAGACCUUGUGCCAUGGUGGUACCAGAUUUUGAAUUGAUCUGUGAAAUCAAUUUAAUAGCAGAAGGUUUUCAGAGUGCGAGAAUACUUGCGAGAAAAUUCAUAACCUUGUAUAGCCUUUGCAAAGAAUUAUUAUCAAAGCAAGAUCAUUACGAUUGGGGUCUAAGAGCUAUAAAAUCUUUAUUGGUUGUCGCCGGAUCAUUAAAGGUAAAUUAUAAAUUAUAAUAAAAGUAAAUUUCGUGAAACCAACAAUAUAAACAUACUUUUAAAUUUUAAAGAAAAAAUUACAUUAAAAUAAAACUUUUCCAAGUAUUUGAAACAUUUAUGUAAAAUUAUAAUAAUUAAAUUAUAUUAUAACUACAUAUAACAUACAAACCAAUGUAUUUUGAAACAGUCGUAACGUAACAAAUUUAAUUUCAAUUUUAGCGAUCAGAUAGAAAUCGCCCGGAAGAUCAAGUUUUAAUGCGAGCUCUCAGAGAUUUUAAUACCCCAAAAAUCGUAACUGAAGAUACCAGUAUAUUUAUGGGGCUAAUUGGUGAUCUGUUUCCUGCACUUGACGUGCCCCGAAAACGUAAUUUAGAUUUCGAAAAAACGGUCCGCCAAGCUGCGCUUGACCUGAAACUCCAACCUGAAGACAAUUUUAUACUCAAGGUCUCGAUUUUCAUUGUUAUUAUCAUAAAAUGUGCCAUUUAAAUAUAUAACCCAAUUGUUUUGUUGGCACAGGUAGUACAACUAGUGGAGUUGUUAGAAGUUCGACAUUCAGUUUUUAUAAUCGGUUUGGCUGGUACGGGAAAAUCUGAAGUCUGGAAAACACUGUACAAGGCCUAUUCAAAUAUGAAAUUGAAACCUUAUUUCAACGAUAUUGAACCGAAAGCAGUUACCAACGACGAGUUGUUUGGUGUUAUCAGUGCCACUACCAGGGAAUGGGUGGAUG